AUGGGAGCAUCAGGAUCAGUACCCUCAAAAAACAGAAUUCAAAGCUCGGAUCAACCACCAACCUCAGCAAGGGUUACUGGUAAAAUUACAAACACUGUAACACAAGUAGAACAAAAUCGUUCUGAGAUUCCAAUCAUUCCCGAAGCUGUUCUUCAACACACCAAAACAUCUUCACUCCGUAGAUUCAAUAUUAAAAGUUAUGAAAAACAUGAUGAAGAGAUUUUGAAUGAUUGGUCGAACAUAUUGCAUAAAGGUCAUAAGGCAAAUAUAAUUCCUGGAGAUGGUCUUGAUUAUAGUGCAAAUACGUUAGAACCACACAUUCUAUUUUCUGAUCUUGUUCAAUCUGUUGAUGAGCAUGACAUAUUAAAGGGUGUAAGAGUGAGGGAACACCAGGUUGUACUUAUAACAGUUAAGGGAUACGCAAGUCCUAUUGCAAGUUGUUUGAGAAUGGAGAGAUAUUGCGAUGGAAGUGAUAAUGAAACUACUACAGUCUUUUCAAAGGUGCAAACACUUGCUUGCAUUGCACACGACCAAAAACUGUCAUCAAUUUUACAAAACUCUAUUCUCCCAUCUAUUACUAUUGAUCAAACCAAGCUACCUUCAAACAGAGUUAGCGAUACUUCUAAGCCAAUAGUAAGCAUUCCAACUGUUGGAGAAUUUGAAAAGAUUAUGACUUUUACUGAAGAGUGCUUGAUAAAAAUUGAAGCUGGUAUGGAAUUUUCAAUAGAAAAUAUCAGUACAUAUAUGUGGACAUCUCUUGGUAUUCCUUUGCUUCAUUUUGCAGUCUCAGUCGAUAAUAUUGCUGCCGUUAAAAAACUAUUGGAUUGUGGGGCAAGAAUUGAAAAUAAGGACUGCUUUGGGAGAAACGCCCUUUUCUAUAUUAGAAGUCACAAUGUUGCAACAAUAUUGAUCCAAAAGCUAACUGAAUUGGAUUUGCUUGAGAGCGAAAUAUGCUCUGUAGAUACAAAUUCACAAUUGAUAUCACAUGUGUUGGUCUCUAAUUAUUACACCAAUCCUGGAUUGACCAAAUCAGUGUUAUUAGAAAUUUCAAAGAGUAUUUCAAAAGAAAUGUGCAUUAGUCUUUUUAAUUCUCUAAAUGGUAGCUCAAAAACAGCAAUUGAUGUUUUGAAUUCUCAAGUUUAUAAUUAUGCCAAAAAGUUCAAAAAUACUUCUCAUCACACCCUAAUGACUUAUUUAUUUGAAGAAAUCAAAUGGCAAAUAGAAAACAAGAUGAAUUUUCACCAAUUACUUCAAACCAAAUUGAUUACUGGAGGAUCGUUGUCCUUCUUUUCAGAGGCUGCUAGCGAAGAGAACAUAGCACUUUUGCACUACUUACUUGAAAACAGAAUAAUUGAUAAUGAUAUUGACAUUUCUGAAUACAUUACUAGUGUACAUGUAGCUAAAAUGGUUGUUCAAUUGGUCCCUGAGAUUUUUGAUAGAUAUAUACAUGAUAAUACUGAAAAUACUUCUUCAAGUAGUGCCUUGUCGAGAGUAAUUCUUAAUAUGCGAUCAGGAAAUAUUCCUCUAAUCAAUUUUAUAAUUGAGCAAUAUGACUACAAGCUUUUGCCCCAAGAAAUUAAUCAAAUUAUUGAACUUGCAAUCAAUAAGAGGACACAAACCAAGAUGAUGCCUGUACUUGAAAAGUGUAUCAGUAAUGUAACUGAUUCGUCAUUAAUAGUUCAAACCAAUAGCAAAGGAGAGAUUUUUUCCAAACUGAAAAAAGCAAAUACUUUCACCCUUUGUUCUCCAUUUGAGUUCAUUUUGUCUUUGGAUAGAUCAGUUUCAGAUGGUGUAGCAAAGAUUGAGAAAGUAAUGUGGGAUAGAAUCAAAUCGAUAGCAGCAACAGAUGAUUCUACUCGCUCUUUGCUACUAAACUCGUGCGGAUGCAUACUUUCUGUAUUAAUCAAAAACAAGAAGCUUGAUAUGAUAGAGGAUGUUGUUGCUUACUUGCUCAAAUUUGGAUUAACAGUAGGAAAUCUAUCUUCUAAUACUGGCCACCACAAAUGGUCUCAAGAGGAUAUGAUUUAUAAUUCAAUUAGUUCAUUAUUUCACAGAAAAGAAGAUGUAAUUUCCGGUCUCACCUUACCGCUCUUAAAAUCCUUGAUAUCAGUUACCAGAAACAGAGAGGAUCUUCAAACUCAUAUUCUUAUUUUAGCUCUUUACAUUAAGAAAGCUGAUAUUUCGACAUUGAAAAAGCUUCUGACUUUAACCCUUUCAUUCCCUUGUUUUGGCAAUGAAUUCGAAAUAACUGACGAUUUGAAGGUACAAUUUCUUGAUUUUGAUGACCUCAAAUUGAAAAAGUUUGUUCAGCCAUGUACUAGACUUGAAAAUCUUCCUCCAGUAUGUGAAUCUGUUCAUAUUGAGUUGAGUCUAGACAAAUCAAGAAAAUCAGAAGUUUAUCCUCUAUUAAUUAAGGAUGGAGUGGUUCAAAAAGACUACGAUAUUUUCAUAGAAAAAUGUGAUAUCACAUUCUUCAAGAAAAUGGCUGACAAUAUCUAUACUGAAUAUUAUUGGACUGACUUAGUUCAGGAUUUUUGUACUUUGGUUCUAGAGAAAAAUUUUAAAGAUGUCACUAAAUUGGAGUAUUUAAUUAAGAAAGAUCCCGAAUGUAUCAAUGACACAAUGAAAUUGUGUAUUAUUAAGGAUUAUUUGGGACAAAAUAUUCCAAUUGAUAUAUACACAGAGAUCGCAUCUCUUGGUGAGGUAAAUGAAAGCUCUUUCGAGAUGUGGAAAAAGUGCUAUGCAAAAAAUAAGAAUAUUAGUUGGAAUUCUGUUAAAACUCUGCUGUUAAAAGGUAAUAUCCCCUGUGCAAUAGCCACUGGAUUGUAUAGAUUGGAUCUUUUGGAAAAGAUAAUCCCUGAUAUCAAAUUGUUAAAACAAUCAGAAUUGAUGGAUAUUUGUCAAUAUUUAAUACUUUCCAUCAAACCAAAUACAGAAAUUAAGAGGCGGCAAAUUGAAACACUUACUGAUACCAUAGUGCAAACACUUACAGAAGAGUCAAUUUUAAAUUUACUUCCAGAUGCAAUCAAGAAAGCCAAUUGUGAUGCCCUUCAAAAAAUAAUUCACAGGAUUGAAGAAAUAGGGUUGACUAUUAAUUGGGAAGAUACUGGAAUUAUAGAGGGAAUUCUAAACUCUCUUAGAAGUGGUUGCGACAACUUACUGUUUACUCUUCUCUCAAGUAAGAGUUUGACUUUGGAGAGAUUGCUUAACCUUAAAAGCCAAGAAAAUAUGGCUGAGCAACCGAUUCAUGCAAUUUGCUUUGGUGGGUGUGUAAAAUCGCUACAAUAUAUUUAUGAAACACUCCCCAAAGAUUUGUUGGUGCCAUAUUUUUUCAGUGUACUAGAGUUAUAUCCUCAAUCAUCUAAUCAAAGUGGUCAGGAUGAUGAAUUUGAAGACUAUGAACACCUGCCAUUCAGAGAACUAUCUGUGCCAACAUUUUCCCUUCUUAGUUCAAAUGUAAAAAUGAACAAUUUAGUGUUUGAGAUUAUGAGGGAUAUUGCUAUGACAACACCUAUUCCAAAAUCAAUUUUUGGAAAUUGGGAUUACGACCAAAACAUUUUCCAAAGAUUGAUGACCUCUAAGAAUCAAGUUGUUUUUAAUACAUUCAGACCAUAUACAAUUGGAAAAUCUUUGUGGAUGCAACAUUUGGUUGAUCAUGAAGAAAUUUACCUUAAAUCUGUUGAAGAAUAUGGAGAAAACGCGAAGGUCUUUAUUAGAAUGAUUAUAGUUAAUCUAAUAUUUGGAGAUGAAACCUCAUUUAAAGGAUCACCUGAAGACAAGAAAUUAUGGGUUGAUUUCUUUAGAUGCUAUUUCAGGUUAAAGUGUUUCAGAGAUGGCGAUUUUAAUAUUUUCUUGCAAGGUUUUAAGAACUUAACAGAAAAGGAAGUUCUCUUUGCUUUGCAAGAUUAUUUCUAUGAUAUGGAAAAAUCAAAGAUAGCCACCGAAUUAUUAGAAAUUAUGAAAUUCAACCCUAAAGGUAGUUCAGAAGAAGUACCAAGAUCUUACUAUUUAGUGGAUAUAAUUGUAAAAGAAUGGGACAACCUUCUUAGAUAUAUUUUAGAUGUAGUGAAUGAGAGUGAGGAAAUAGAAAAUCAAUUCUGGACAAUGAGAGAAGAUUUAGAACUCUCUGUAAAAUAUCUUAAUCCAAAAUAUGAGAACAAAUGUGUAGAAUUAUUGUUUGGAAAGUGUAAAUUUUUGGGAGAGGAAACUCAUGAUUUACUUUAUUGUGAGAAUCAAAGCAGAAUUGUAACAGUUAGUGAUGAAAUAAGAAUUGCUGAGUUGCGAGGAAAAGUAUUAAGAGGCAAGGUUUGGAGCUACAGAAAAGCUGAACGAGAUGUUGGUCAAUAUGUUUAUCAAAAAGUUAAAUUUGAACCUCCUCUUCCUAAAUUCUCUGAAGAGCAAGCUAAAAUUCUCACAAGUAUUAGUGUAUUUGGAGAUGUUGAAAAUAUGAUUGGGCACGACAAUGACAUUACUGAAAUACAUGUCAUUGUUACAAAUUCAGCACAAAAUCUAAAGAGCAGUAUUGAAAAUGGCAUCUUAUUACUAAGAGUUUAUUUAGAAAAGGAAACCAUCCAAGUAGGAGAAUUAGAAGGUGGUAACAAAUACCAUGGUUUUAAUUAA